UGGAGCACGUGACAAAGCUCGCGUUUCUAGACGUAUUUCAGAUGAGUAAGAGGAAGGCUCCCAGCUCCGAAAGCCCAAACGCCGAAUUUUGCCAGUUUCUAAGUGAGUUGGCCGAGUACGAACGUACCGUGACACGUCAAAUUCAUAAAUACAAUGCUUACAGGAAAGCAGCUAGCGUUUUGUCUAAACAUCCAACACGGAUAGCAAAUGGAGCCGAAGCCAAGAAGCUGGAAGGCAUUGGUGCAAAGAUUGCCAAAAAGAUUGAUGAGUUUAUCGAGACUGGAAAACUUGAAAAACUGGAGAAAAUCCGAGCAGAUGAUACAUCAGUGGCCAUCAAAGAGUUGACAAGAGUUUCAGGCAUUGGACCAGCAGCUGCAAAGAAAUUUGUGGAUGAUGGGAUAUUGACACUAGACGAAUUACGGAAACACACUGAUCGCUUGAAUCAUCACCAGAAGAUAGGAUUGAAAUAUGUGGAGGACUUUGAAGAGCGAAUACCACGAGAGGAGAUGACACAACUUGAGGAGGCCAUCUUUGCAGACAUCAAGGCAGUUGAUGAUCAGUUCAUUGCCACAGUUUGUGGCAGCUAUCGAAGAGGUGCUACAUCUAGUGGAGACAUAGACAUUCUACUCUGCCAUCCUUCUUUCACAUCCCAGUCAAAAACAAAGACUAAUUUGUUGAAGCCAGUGGUUGCUGGCAUUCAUAGUAUUACAGACACCUUGUCACAAGGAGAAACAAAAUUUAUGGGUGUAUGCAGGUUGUCUGCUAGUAACGAUAAUCCAAAUCCAAAAUAUCGGCGUAUUGAUGUUCGACUUAUUCCAGCAGAUCAAUAUUAUUGUGGAACGUUGUACUUUACUGGCAGUGACAUGUUUAACAAAGACAUGAGACAGAAGGCUUUGGAUGCUGGGUUCACUCUUAAUGAGUACUGCAUUCGGCCCGUAGGAGCAUCAGGUGUAGCCGGCGAGGCCACCCCAGUGACGUCUGAGCAAGAAGUGUUUGACAUUAUUGGAAUGAAAUACAAAAGACCGGAUGAAAGGAACAUGUAGACGAUUCCAGUACCUUUCACUGAGAGUAAAGAGAGAGAGAGCAGACAAAUGUACUUUUAUGAUCACUUUUGAUUAACAACAAAUAUUAAUUAAGUAAGCUGGUUAUAUCAUUUGUUGAGUUGAAUUGAAGGGUCUUUGUGCUCUCUGAAGAGUCCUUAAGUAGGGACAUGACACUGUGGAAGCUGUUGCUGGGUGGUGUAUAGUAAAACGGUUAGCUAGUUCUGAAACUGAUUGAUCAUGAUAACAUCUUGAACCAAGAGCUUUUGUAUACAAGCAUACUAACACUAUUUCAGUUAUUAUUAUUAUGGUGCUUGCACUUCUACUGUACCACUU